UUGAUCAGUAAUCUGUUUACUGCUGGACAAAUUAACGGCACUACUGAUUACGAGGAGGCCACUGCCCAAGGAAUAAUAGCAAGAAUUAACGCUCAUCAAAAACUCAAAAAUUUACCAUCUUUGAUUUUGAAAAUAG